UCUAAUCGCGAUACUGAAAAAGCAUCGCUAGCUCGGGGAAGGGGAGAGAAACUAGCUGUGCUUUCUCCCCCUCUCUGUCUCCUUCCCGCUUUUGUUUGAUUCUAUGUUUUCAGCGUUUUUCCUCCUUAAAAUAUAGCCUGGGUCAAUACAACUCUUACAAUUUAACAGAAAAUAAACGAGAAGGUUAAAAGGAAGAACAAAACGCUCCUCAUAAGCUGGCUGAGCGUGACGUAACUUGACGCUCUUGGAUGGGGCGGAGCUCCCGCCAAAUUCAAACAAUCCGCUCCGGCAUCUGAGUGUUUUUUUUGCUGUGGAGGCUGAGACUAGGCCAGGCGUGGCGAGAUGGAUAAUUGUACCUUUCCAAGAUACAGUGACAAUGACAUUGUUGUACACAUUCGCAAUUGCUUACUGACUGGAAGUGAGGCCAAAAGCUUUUCCAAAAGUGACUUAUUUCCAAAAAGCAAGCCGGAAGUACUUCAGAUGAUUUUUAUGAGAGCCUUACAAAGUGUAUAUGGAAUCCGACUGGAACACUUUUAUAUGAUGCCAGUGACAUUUGAAACUGCAUAUCCCCAGAUCUUUGAAGGCUUCCUACCGAUAGGAAAUCUAUUUAUUAAAAUGGAGUCACUUUUCCCCAUCUGCCGUGUUCAUGACUUCCAGGUUGCUGAUGUCAUAAGUCCAAAAGCAAAGAAGAUUGCUCGGUUUUUGAGUGGCAUUCUUAAUUUUCUUUUCUUCCGUGACUCGCGCCGUGAGGUCUACCUGGAAAUCCAGAGCACAUAUAAAUCAGCUAUGGAAAAAGUGCAGCGACUGCAGAUGACAAUCCAACAGGCGGCACUGAAACUGGAGAAGCUCGAUACUAUCCCUACAGAUCAGCAGGCUGAGUUCAAAGAGCUGUCUCAGGAUAUUCAGGAGCUGGAGCACAAACUGAACCAAGAAUAUCAACAGAAAACGAAUGCUUUGCGAGAGGCGAACCAACAAAAGAGAAUAGAAAUUGCAGAAAAAACCCAGCAUCUGAAUGAGCUAAAACUGGCCAUAUGUAAUCUAAAAGAAGAACAAGAGCAAUUGAAAUCCAAGAUUACAGAGUCUCCAGAAGAGCUGAUGAAUUGCAAAGAACGACUGAUGGAAACACUGCAGAAAAUCAAGAAAGAAAAGCAAGAAGUAAUUAAGAAGUAUGAAGCUUACAGAGAUCUGGUAGAGAUAUUGCCACCAUGCCAGCUGGAGAUACAAUUAUACCAAAAGAAAAUGCAAACCCAAGGAGCAAAUGUGGAUAAGCUGUGCAGUAUAUUGGCGGAGAUCCGAACUUUAGAGGACCAGAUUGAGAGUAGCAAAAGUGAAUUUGCAAGUGCCGAGACAGAGAAAAUGUCCUUGAAGAGACUGAUUACUGCUAAACGGAAUAAACUCUCCAUUGCUGAAAUCAAAAUGAAGAAGAUCCACGAGGAUACUGAACAGCGCAAGCAGGCAAUAACUGAGUAUUGCAGCCAGUUUCAGGAGAAGAGAGGAGCAGUCUGUGAGAAGCUGACAGCAACUUGUGCAGAAAUAAAGCAGUUCAAAAGUGCUAUUCAGCAGCUAAAUGACAAUGUUGCAGAAAAGAAAUCAAAAUCUCAGGAGAUCUACCUUAGCCUGAGGGUUGGCUUGGAGAAAUACCAUGAAAAUCUAGUGAAGACUGUGGAAAGGCACACAUCUACAACAGAAAAUAAAAUUACUGAAUUAGAGAGACUGUUUUGAUUUCCCAGUUUUGCUACUGAUUUCAUACUAUGCUUUUAUCACACUAAACUUCAGAGUGCAUUUUCACUGCACGAGACCAUUUUAAAAACAGCUUUCUUUUCUCCUUGGCAAAGGAGAAAAAAUCAGGUCCUGUUCACUGUUGGACAGAUGUAGUAAUACCAGCUUGAACAAUCCCAUUAAACAGAGGUUGCAAGCUGCACUGUAUUCUUUGUUUGCCAGUUCAUCUUGUUUCUUGUUUUAAAAUAUGGAUAAACCUGUUAGGGACUAUUAUUCUUGAGUUUGCUGAUGAUUCUCAAUGGGAAAAUGUGGUAAAGCAGAAGACCAGAGAAAUCUCCUGAUUUAUCUUCUCUAGGGUAUGGCUGCACAGAGGUGAACAAAUGGCUUCCUUGGGAUGGGAAGAUGAAAGUUCCCAUUCACUUUUAGUUGUGCUCAUGCUCGAAGGGGCUUUGUUACACCCUAGAAAUAGAGACGCAUAUAUAUUUGUAGUGAUAAGUUCACUGCAUCUUUGAACAAUGUUGGAUUGGAUACGUUUUUAAAGCAUCACUCUUGUGGGUUGUACUUCUGAGUAUCAGGUAAUAUUUGAAGGGAAGUUAAAAGUUAUUUUGAAGCUUAAGUUGUGCUUAAUACUUGUAGCUAUGUUCACCUUUGGGUGUGUUAUGUAUAAAAAUAAAUGAAUCCUUUGUAUAUGC